UCCUAUCCACCUCUGGUUUCAGGCAGUGAGCGACCCUGGGAGGACCUGCGCCCCUUAGUCAAGAGCCCGAGUGCCCGCCAGAGGGUACCCGGUCAGAUUGAAGUCAUGGCCAUUCUUUUUGCUGUUGUUGCCAGGGGAACCACUAUCCUUGCCAAACAUGCUUGGUGUGGAGGAAACUUCCUGGAGGUGACAGAGCAGAUUCUGGCUAAGAUACCUUCUGAAAAUAAUAAACUAACUUACUCACAUGGCAAUUAUUUGUUUCAUUACAUCUGCCAAGACAGGAUUGUGUAUCUUUGUAUCACUGAUGAUGAUUUUGAGCGUUCUCGAGCCUUCAGUUUUUUGAAUGAAGUAAAGAAGAGAUUCCAGACAACUUAUGGUUCAAGAGCACAGACUGCACUUCCUUAUGCCAUGAAUAGCGAGUUUUCAAGUGUUUUGGCUGCACAACUGUUCAUCUAUAUCAUUGUGUCACCUCUCUGUGGUGGGUUUACAUGGCCAAGCUGUGUGAAGAAAUAAGAAAGAAAAAAUUACCCUUAACCAAGGAUAUGAGAGUGAAAGUAGAUAAAGGAAAUUAAUGUGACUCUGGCUUUUCACUAUUCUCAGAA